UACAUUUUUAACCCCUAUCACAUAGGUUUUGUUGUUGAGUUUUGCUAAGUUAAUUUUAAGCUGUCCUUUCCUGUAGAGCUACAGUAUGAUGUCAUGUCUAGGAAUGGGAAUUGAUAGAGUUUUACAAUUCCAAUUUUUGGAAUCUGUUUAAUGAUUUGUCUUUUUUUUCUGAUUUUCUUUUGGACAAAAAUGAGAACAAACGUCGAUUAGCAUCAAUUUUGUUCAGAGUUGAAGAAACAUGAGUGUACAAACCCAUAAGUGAGGUCUUAAUAUCAAUCAAUCAAUCAAUGUUUACUUAUAUAGCCCUAAAUCACUAGUGUCUCAAAGGGCUGCACAAACCACUACGACAUCCUCGGUAGGCCCACAUAAGGGCAAGGAAAACUCACACCCAGUGGGACGUCGGUGACAAUGACGACUAUGAGAACCUUAGAGAGGAGGAAAGCAAUGGAUGUCGAGCGGGUCUAACAUGAUACUGUGAAAGUUCAAUCCAUAAUGGAUCCAAUACAGUCGUGAGAGUCCAGUCCAAAGCGGAUCCAACACAGCAGCGAGAGUCCCGUUCAUAGCGGAGCCAGCAGGAAACCAUCCCAAGCGGAGGCGGAUCAGCAGCGCAGAGAUGUCCCGAGCCGAUACACAGGCAAGCAGUACAUGGCCACCGGAUCGGACCGGACCCCCUCCACACGGGAGAGUGGGACAUAGAAGAAAAAGAAAAGAAACGGCAGAUCAAUAGUCCCACAUUAAUAUAUAACAAAACCUAUUUUAUUAUAGAAAUAAACAAUAUAUAACAUAAUAUAUUCUGCAGCAAUUACAGAAGAAUUUUCAGUAACAUGUUUAGAAUUUGGAGUGAAUCGAAGCACUGCGAACUGGUUUUGGUUCCCAACCCAAGUCAUGGCAUUGCCAGAAGAUCAAAGAACUGACAACGCGUCCUAUCAGGUCUGUGCUGUUCUUAGCCAUUCCAAGCCACAUGAUAGCAUACUUGCAUCAUAUAUGGCUAAUAAUUGGAUUCAUUUCUAAUAUUUAGUUGAACAAACGAAAACUUACACUCUGAAUGAAAGCUACAACCCCUGGAAAGAAAUGAUGGACUCCCCAGACUGAGAGGUCAUUCUGUUGUUUAAUUUUGUUGAAAAAAAAAGCAGAUAACAGACAUGACACACAACUGUAGUCAUUUCUGGCUGUAAAAAAAACAUAAAAAUACAUUUUAGUAGUCAGUAACAAUUUCAUUGUUAGAUCAAGCAGAGAGAAAUUAUGGAUUCACUCAAUUCUGGGAAAAAAAUAUUGAGUCAUCCUGUAAAUGAUAGAUAGAUAGAUAGUACUUUAUUGAUUCCUUCAGGAGAGUUCCUUCAGGAAAAUUAAAAUUCCAGCAGCAGUGUACAGAGUUGAGGUCAAUUUAAAGAAAGAAGUAAAAAGUAAAUAAUGGGGGUUUAAAUGGAAACAAAAUAGAGAAAUAUUACAAAAAGAAUAAAAACAAUGGGAAUAACAAUAUAACAGUAAAAUAAGAAUAUAACAAGACAAACUAGGCAGUAGUGAACAUGUUAUGAAAAAGUAUUGCACCGUUAAUGUUUUGCAUCCCCUGUCAUCCUAAUACCCCCCGUCCCAGAGAGGAGUUGUACAGUCUAAUGUGUGGGACAGGAGUUCUUGAGUCUAUUAGUCCUGCACUUGGGAUGAAGCAGUCUAGAACUGAACAGGCUCCUCUGGCUACUGAUAACACUAUGCAGAGGGUGACUGGCAUCAUCCAGGAUGCUCACUAGUUUGUCCACAGUCCUCUUCUCUGCCACCGUCACCAGUGAGUCCAGUUUCAUUCUGAUUGUAGAACCGGCCCGCCUGAUCAGUUUCUCCAGUCUGGAGCUGUCCUUAGAUGUACUGCCCCCCCCAGCACACUACCAUGUAGAACAGAACACUGGCAACCACAGACUGGUAGUACAUCCACAGGAGUUUUCAACAAAUGUUGAAGGAGUGCAGUCUCCUGAGGAAGUACAGCCUGCUCUGUCCUUUCUUGUACUGGUGAUCCGUGUUAACAGUCCAGUCCAGCUUAUUGUCCACCCAAACCCCGAGGUACUUGAAUGAGUCCACGGUCUGUACCUCAACUCCCUCGAUCACAAUAGGUUGUGACCGUGGACUCGACCUCCCAAAGUCAAUGACCAGCUCCUUGGUCUUUGACGGAUUGAGCUGCAAGACGUCCGUGUGGCACCAGACAACAAAGUCCCUCACCAGAUUCCGAAACUCCUCCUCUCUGCCGUCCCUGAUGCACCCGACGAUGGCUGUGUCAUCCGCGUACUUCUGGAUGUGACACAGCUCUGAGUUGUAGCAGAAGUCAGCGGUGUACAGGAUGAAGAGAAGAGGGGCCAGCACCGUUCCCUGCGGUGCUCCGGUGCUGCUGAUCACAGUGUCAGACGUGAUGUCCUUCAGUCUGACGUACUGUGGCCUGUCGGUGAGGUAGUUCGAAAUCCAGGCAACCAGGCAGGGGUCCACUUGCAUUUUGUAGAUCACACCUGCAUCAGAUUAUUGUUCAUUAGUCUGCAGUUAAAAAUGAGUGUUCACACCUUGGAGAGCUGUGUGCAUCAGGUGGAUUAUCAGGAAAGGAUGAUCAAAAUUUUUCAAGAAAAUGAUUUUGCUUGUUCAAAGUCAGCUGGGUCUACAAAAUUAAAAAACGGACUGAACAUUCUCUCAGUCUGGUGAAUCCAUCAGUUUGUGCAGGGGUUGUAAUGCUAACACUUUCUUCCUUAAUUCCCACAAAUCCUAAUUGUACAUUGGGGUUUAAUGCACACACAUGUUGUUUCAUUACGUGACAUGUUUUUUUUGUUUGUUUUUUUAAACCCGAAUGCAACAAGCUGUUUGCAAAGCUUAGCGAUAUGAGGACAUUGGUGGUGAUGUGUGGUGGCAGGCUCUCAGGGAUGACAUGCAGGUCAGUUUGUGGCCAGACUUGCUUUCUGGUCUCUUCAUUUCUGUGGAUAAAUGCUAAAGAAGCUUAGGCUGUAUUAUCCUGAUGGGAAAAGGGUUGGCUCUAAGCUGGACAUAACAUUCGCUGAUGGCUCGCGGGCUGGGGGAAAGCUCGAGAAGUCAUAUGGAGACAUCGUCUCCUACGGAAGGAUCGUAGUUAUUCCUGCAGCCAUGAUUCCCACCAAGAUGUUGGUGUACAAGGGGCCCGAUGGCGGCACCCAGACGGUUUCUUACAGCAGGCGGCGGAAGAAAUCCACGGGCGAACUCUUCCAGAAAGGAUACAGGGUCAGGAAUGGCCCCGACAAAGAGGAGCAGGAUGGCACUUCCUGCUUCCAUGUCGUCUCCUACUGGGGCUUGAGGUUUUUAAGGGCCUUAAGGUUGAUACAGUUCUCAGAAAUUUUACAGUUUUUGAAUAUUCUCAAGACAAGUAACUCCAUCAAGCUGGUCAACUUGUGUUCCAUCUUCAUCAGCACUUGGCUGACAGCCGCAGGAUUCAUCCAUCUGGUGGAAAACUCAGGGGACCCUUGGGAAAACUUCCAGAAUUCCCAAGCGCUUUCCUACUGGGAGUGCGUCUACUUGCUGAUGGUGACCAUGUCCACUGUGGGCUACGGAGACGUUUAUGCAAAAACCACCCUGGGACGACUCUUUAUGGUCUUCUUCAUCCUUGGGGGACUGGCCAUGUUUGCUCGCUACGUGCCAGAAAUUGCCGCUCUCAUCCUUAAUCGGAAGAAAUACGGAGGGAGUUAUAACUCGACCAGAGGCAGAAAACACAUCGUGGUGUGCGGCCACAUCACGCUGGAGAGCGUGUCCAAUUUCCUCAAAGACUUCCUACACAAGGACAGGGAUGAUGUCAAUGUAGAAAUAGUUUUUCUCCAUAAUAUUUCCCCUAAUCUUGAGCUGGAAGCCUUGUUCAAGCGCCACUUCACCCAGGUGGAGUUCUACCAAGGGUCCGUCCUCAACCCGCACGACUUGGCCAGGGUGAAAAUUGAAUCGGCAGACGCCUGCCUGAUCUUGGCUAACAAAUACUGUGCUGACCCCGACGCAGAGGACGCCUCCAACAUCAUGAGGGUGAUCUCCAUCAAAAACUACCACCCAAAGAUCCGCAUCAUCACUCAGAUGCUGCAGUAUCACAACAAGGCUCACCUGUUGAACAUCCCCAGCUGGGCCUGGAAGGAGGGCGACGACGCCAUCUGCCUGGCCGAGCUCAAGCUGGGCUUCAUCGCCCAGAGCUGCCUGGCUCAGGGUCUGUCCACCAUGUUGGCCAACCUCUUCUCCAUGAGGUCCUUCAUCAAGAUCGAGGAGGACACGUGGCAGAAGUAUUACCUGGAGGGCGUGGCCAACGAGAUGUACACAGAGUACCUGUCCAGUGCCUUCGUGGGCAUGUCUUUCCCCGUUAUCUGCGAACUUUGCUACGUCAAGCUGAAGCUGCUGCUGAUAGCCAUCGAGUACAAGUCCGACCAGAGGGAGAGCAGCACGCUCAUCAACCCUGGCAACCACGUUAAAAUGCAAGAGGGGACGCUGGGCUUCUUCAUUGCCAGCGAUGCCAAAGAAGUCAAAAGGGCGUUGUUUUACUGCAAAGCCUGCCACGAUGAUGUCACAGACCCCAAACGGAUCAAGAAAUGUGGAUGCAAGAAGUCAAAAAACACCUACAAUGGCUACAUCAAAUCAAUCGAGGAGAACCAACAGUCGGUGCUGUCGCCGAAAAAAAAGCAGCGAAACGGCGGCAUGAGGAACUCCCCCAACUCCUCGCCAAAGACAAUAAGACACGACCCUCUCCUCAUCCCCGGCGGCGAGCAGAUGGAGAGCAUGGACGAGAACGUGAAGAAGUACGACUCCACGGGGAUGUUCCACUGGUGCAUCUCUAAAGACAUCGAGAAGGUGGUCCUGACUCGGAGCGAGGCGGCCAUGACGGUGCUGAGCGGCCACGUGGUGGUGUGCAUCUUCGGCGAUGCCAAAUCGGCGCUGAUCGGCCUGCGCAACUUUGUGAUGCCGCUGCGGGCCAGCAACUUCCACUACCACGAGCUCAAGCACAUCGUCUUCGUGGGCUCGCUGGAGUACUUCAAGCGCGAGUGGGAGACGCUCCACAACUUCCCCAAAGUCUCCAUCCUACCUGGCACGCCGCUGAGCCGAGCAGAUCUGAGGGCUGUCAACAUCAACCUCUGCGACAUGUGUGUCAUCCUGUCAGCCAAUCAGAACAAUAUCGACGACGCGUCACUGCAGGACAAAGAGUGCAUCUUGGCGUCGCUCAACAUCAAGUCCAUGCUGUUUGACGACAGCAUCGGCGUCUUGCAGGCCAACUCCCAGGGCUUCACGCCGCCAGGUAUGGACAGAUCGUCUCCGGAGAACAGUCCGGUCCACGGCCUGGUGAGGCAGACGUCAGUGAGCACGGGGGCAAACAUUCCCAUCAUAACGGAACUAGCGUUAGCAAAGGCAGGCAAAAAAGUGCCUGUGAUUUCACUCAGUCAGGAUAAAAGCAGCGGGACCAGCAUACAAAUGAUUACGGAGCUCGUUAACGACUCCAACGUUCAGUUCCUGGACCAAGACGAUGACGACGACCCGGACACAGAGCUGUACCUGACUCAGCCUUUUGCCUGUGGGACCGCUUUUGCCGUCAGCGUGCUGGAUUCUUUAAUGAGCGCCACGUACUUCAACGACAACAUCCUCACCUUGAUCCGCACGCUGGUGACGGGCGGCGCGACGCCCGAGCUGGAGGGGCUCCUGGCAGAGGAGAACGCCCUGCAGGGCGGCUACAGCACGCCGCAGACGCUAGCCAACAGGGACAGGUGUCGCGUGGCGCAGCUGGCCUUGUACGACGGGCCCUUUGCAGACCUCGGGGACGGUGGUUGCUACGGUGACCUCUUUUGCAAAGCCCUGAAAACCUACAACAUGCUCUGCUUCGGCAUCUACCGCCUACGUGACGCACAUCUAAACUCCCAAAGUCAAUGCACCAAACGAUACGUCAUCACCAACCCACCGUACGCCUUUGAGCUGGUGCCCUCCGACCUCAUCUUCUGCCUAAUGCAGUUUGACCACAAUGCAGGCCAGUCGCGGACCAGCCUCUCACACUUGUCUCACUCGUCGCAUUCCUCCAGCAAAAAGAGCUCAUCCGUCCACUCCCUUGCCGCCAUCAACCGCAACAACCGCACCAAGAGCAGAGAUCCCCGAGACAAGCUAAAAAAAGACAUGGUUUACAGAUGAGCAGGACAACACUCACCUGAGGACCAUGAAUCACAUCCAGCCUGUGAAUACGCUCGCCACCAACAAGAUCGCCGGCAGCUCCAUCCCCAUCGGGGAAGCGGACGACGGAGGCCGGCAUCUGGAAUCCUAGAGUGGGGACAAAUACGUAGACAAUCAAACCGUUGCGGGCGGCUGGAGCUGAGCACCAAAUAAAAAGUUGCCUUCCCAGCUGACUGUUGACCAACAACAUUCACACUCGUCGGUGUUUGCACACUUCUUCUGUACAGCGAUGGCCACUGUUGGUACACAACAUUUGUGAUUAGGGCCAGUUCUUACCAAUGACACUCAGCUCCAGCCUGACUGUUUGUCCUCGACUUACCUUUGCCUUUUUUCACAACGUAAUACAUGUUUUUCAUGUCGGGUAAACUCACUGGCUUUCUUCCAAAUAUGAUAGAGCUGUUUUGCAAACGACAAAAUCACCAAAAACAAAACGGUAGAAUGUUGAAGCCACGUAUCGCAUAACGUGGGCGUAAUGAAGUCCUCCUUUGGCUGGAAGCACUGCCCGAUGAUACAUACGCGUUUGUAUUAUUUCUUUGAAACCCCGCGAAAACAGCUCUAUCAUACGUUCCAUGUUCCAUCCCUGUGAUCAAUGCAUACCCGCUUUAGCGUGUGUUUGACUAAGAUGUGUCACUGGUACCACCAGAGGGCAGUGCUUCAGCCAACGGAGGACUCCAGAGGGCCCACAGCUGCGAGAAGAGGCUUCAGUUUCGAUUGAAUUGGAAAAUGUCUUAACUAUAACAAUGUGAAAUGUUUCGCUCUUAACCUGUGGCCACAAAAACAGUGCUGCUAAGUUAUUUAUGUCUGCUACUACUAGGCUUGUAAAUUCAUUGUAUUUUUUGUAUUUUCAACAAAUUAAACAACUCUGUAUUGUG